AAAAGGUUGGUUUGUGACGGGGUCUUGGCAGCUCUUGUGGUAAUGAAAUAUGGCGACUAUGAUCUUUGUUGAGCAGGAGAAUGGUAACCUUGCUGCCAGCAUGAUGGCUAAAGAUCGGGUGAGGCUCCCCUCAAACUCAGCAAAGGGGCUUUCAAGCAAAGGGCAGAAUAUGUUCCCAGGAAAAGUGUUCAGCGCCUCUGAAAACCUGCCCAAACCAUCCAGGAAAGCACUUGGAACUGUCAACAAGCAGCUGGCACCAAACAAAAUACCACAGAGUGGGGCAGUUAAAGGAAAAACCAACCUAAACCAUGCUAAAAAGUCUCAGGUUUCUGAAAGGAAGGUUGUUGCAAAGCCUGUGAAAGAGGCAUACCCUGACAUUGAGAACUUCUUCCCAUACAAUCCUUCAGACUUUGAAAGGUUUCAUGUGCCAGAAGACCAUAAGCUCAGUCACCUUUGCCUAGCUGGUGUCCCCCUUAUUGUUAAUGACAAUGAUGUGGCAAGAUUUGAAAAGCUGAUACAAUUCCAGCCUUCUCCUAUGGAAAUCCCAACUCUUUCUUGGGAAUCGGAUCCUGUAAAUUAUUUGCCUUUUUUGGCCACUCUGGAUGAAAUCACACUGGAUAUGCCUGAAAUUGAAUGUUAAAUGUUUAGUUUUGUCUCUGUUCUUUGCUCUUAACUUAAUAAAAUUACUGUUUUUAACUAA